GGCUGAAUAGUCACAGGCAUUCACUGACGCCACCCUCUCCCUCUUUCACUCUCCUGCCUCACAUUUCUCUGUUUCACCCUCUGUUGCUCCAGCACUCACCAGUAUUCAACUUCUUUAACAAAAAGUGCUCUCUUUGUGGACUUGGACAGACCAAAUCGAGUGGGACAUCUGCAAGUUGGUUGACAAGUAAAUUAUUCUGCUCAUCUGAAGUGUUUUUCUGGAAACCAGUCUUUCUCUUGUGAGGAGCACAGCAGAGUUUGGUGUAUAAAGAUGUCUCUUCCAUUGCCACUGCUGAUAUGCCUAUCAGUUAUCCAGCUGGGCUUGGGAGAUCAGCUUGUGGAGAAAGUCGUCAUAGCCGAAAACAAGCCUCUUCUGGGUGGCUGGGUUAAAAGGAAUCCAGAUUCAGCCGAGGUUCAGGAGGCAGCUCAACAUGCUGUGAAGAUGUUCAAUGAAAAGUCCAAGGGCAAGAAAAUGUUCAAAUUGAUUGAAGUGACUGAUGCUCAGAGUCAGGUGACCAAUACAAUCGACUAUAAGAUUGAUGCAGUCAUGGGAAAAACCAAGUGUCCCAAGUCUGAAAACCAAGACUUGAAGGGCUGCAGUGCUGUGAAAAAGCAUCUGAAGUGCCGCUUUGUGGUGACGUACAACCCCCGCAACAACAAACACGAGCUGCAGAAACAAAAGUGCAGGAAAGUUAAAGACAAUGUUUAAACUUUGAACAGCUUUAAUUUGAAUUGCUUUUGUAGGCUUAUUGCCAUGGCAAAUUUAUGUGUUCUUAUUUCCUGUCUCUGUAAUUUAGAUAUAUUUUCAAUACUAUGUAAUGCAGCACAUUAAACAUGGUGGAUGUGGAGGAUUGUUCAAAAUGAACAAAUCAUAAAUUUGAAAUAAAGAUUAAAAAGGUUUGCCAGAAUGCAAUUAUAAUUUGGUUUACCAUGGUUGUGGUUCAUGGGUUGAAAUGCCUUCUUUUUCUAUUUUACUUUAGCUUAAAAAAAUUAUGUGUGUGCCAUUUGUGCAAAAUGUCAACUUGAUUCAGUUAUUUAGUUAUUACUGUGGGCUAUUUAGAAUAGACUCAAUCAUAUGCAUGCAGGUAAGAGUCAAAGUGUUCAUGAUUUAUUCAUGUUUAUCUAACUGAUGGUUUUUGCUGUUGUUGUUGUUGUUGUUGUUGUUGUUGUUUUAUAGCUAAAUCAGCUGACUAGACAUUUUGUCAUGAAGUUUUUCACAAGUCAAUCUCUCUUCAUGCUCUGUCAAAUGUCUGAAAAGAAGGAUAGGAAAUGAGUCAUUAGAAUGAUUUGACAUUCAGAAAUAGCAUCUCCUACACCUGUUUCUGUAGAAAUAUCUUCCAAUGAAAAAAUACAUGAGGAAUGAGAAACACAUUUCAUUAUACAUUUUAGGAAACAGUGGGUUGUCUCUUCCAUGCCUUUUGUACUCACUGCAUUUGUACAACUUAUUGAUCCUUUCUAUAUCAAUCUUAGACAUUUUUGUCUGUUUGUCCUAUUGGCACAGGAUGAUCGGGAAUGGCAGUAAUGGUUUCUUCUCCAGGCACUCAUGCAAAGUCAUUCCUAAGAAAUGACUUCAUCACUUAAAAUUCAUCAACAACUAGGAAUAAACCAAAAUUCAGUGUAUAUUUAAUUUUUCUCCUGCUAAAGAGUAAUGUGAUUCAGAUGCUGCUACCACAGCGCCAACACCAACAUGCAAAGAGAUGAAGUCAGAAACUUGCCACGUAGAAAAUAAUGUAACAGUUAGCAGCUAGGCAAGCUACCAUUACACUCAUAAACAGAGGUACUUCUUUAAAAAAAAAAAGAAAAAAAAAGAAUAGCAAAACCAUUUUGCUACUUUUCUGGAAACAGUUAUGAUACAUCACAGAGGAGCAGUCAUAUAGUGUGUAAGUUGGCAGUAUCCUGUUUAUGCAAGUUGAAUGCAUUCUGUAUUGAACAAAGAACAGAAACAGUUAUCAUUGUUCAUUUCAGAGAUAUGAGCUUGUUUUGUCUCAGAGGUAUUUUUGGAGACAGUCCUGUUUUCAGUCCAAGAUCUCUGUGACCUUUGUAUCAGAUUUUAACCAAAUGUAAUAUAAUGGGAUGGUCAGGUAUUGUUCUGAAAUUUGAUUUAUGAAUGAAACUACUAGCAACCUUUUCUUCCUUAGAUUCAAGAUAAAUCUGAAUCCAUAAAGGGAGGAAUCAUUAACCUCAAACAAGUUGAAAUAAAUCUCAUCUGAGCAGCCAAUAUGUAUAAUAAUUAACUUUUAAUGCAAAAUAACACUGUAGGUUGUAAGCCACUGCCCACAGGCAUGGUAUGGGCAGUUAAGGAUGCAGCUGAAACAUUUUGUUUUGAAUAAAUAAAGAUUACCUUUGUUUGCUGCCAGAAUUUUAGACAUUAAGCCUAAAUGUUGAGUGUCCUCAAACUUCACGUCUAAAAUUAAAUGAUUCAGUUAUCCAACAUGAAGAAGCAUGGAGUCAUAAAAUGAGUUAAAGACCCAUGAUAAGAAUAUUCAAUCACCUUUCUUUUGUGGACGCACCUCCAGAGACACAAAUGAAUCUUUAGCAGUAAAAUAAAACAUGAAUAUUGAAGAAUUUCAUUUUUUUGUUUUCAUUUUUAUUGUCCCAUCUUACUAGCUUUUUAAUACAAACUAAGAUUCAUGAGAGAUUUUUUUUAUAUAACAAAAGCUGACCUUGAUUGUCAUCAUGUCAGGUCCUCCUUAAAUAGUCACUCAAUAAUAGCACAUUACAGAUUAAAAAUAAGAAUUUAA